UCACCUGGACAGGUAGGGACCGACCGUCCCACCUGGAAAGGUACAAACAGGAAGAAAGUGACCCAGACUGUUUUUUUCUAGACUUGUGUUCCUCGACGUCGCAGUAGCCGCUGAAGGUGUCCGAUCAGAGUGUCGGGACAGACACCUGUGGAUCCAGGUGUCCUCGGUCCAGAUGCCUCGUUUCGAGGCUGUGGAUGGAAGUGGCGUCCACUCCAUCAGCGAGCAGCUCGCCUCACGCUGCGGUUACACCAUCAGCACCUUCAAGAUGGACGGCCUCACCACCUUCAGAGCCUCGUACUAUUCCUGCUUCACCCACAAGCAGGAUGAUUCCGUGUUCACCUUCAGAUUUAACGUGAUGGUGAGUGACGGGGGCGGCGCCUGGAUCAGCCGAGCAGUGUCUGCUUCCUGUUCUGGUCUGAGCUGGACCCACAGAGAGAUCGUCUGUGAGGAGAACUACAUGGAGGUGAACGUGAACAGAGAGUCGUCAUGUGGAGGUCAGUCGGGGGAGAGUGGACAGGCGUGGCAGGCUGCCUUCUCUCAGGCUCAGAGGACAGCGACCUCAGUUUGGCAGCUGAUGUUCCUACAGAGUGGCGGACACGUGUCCUCCAUGUCCGUCAGCGAGGCCCAGACGAUGGGCUACAGUCUGACCACCACCGCCCACAGGGUGGUGCUCAGGUCCCAGUACAAACAGCAGCACGCCAAGGUCCUGAUGGUGGAUGGCAUCCCCGUGGAGGUGAUCCGGGUGUCUGUGUUCUUUAAGAACAAGCUCACGGUGGUGAUAAUGGAUGUGACCAUGGCCUGUACAGUCAAUUCAGGGUCGUUUGACGACACCUGGCUGCUCUGGGACGUCCCCUGGAUCAUGACCCCACUGGUCGAGGAGGAUGCCAGGUUUGAAAGUCAGAGUGUCCGUGUGGGGGUGGAGGGCGUCCUGCUGGAUGAACCCACCUCCACCACCAGAGGAUUCAGUCUGGUUCGAGGAGGAGGUCUGGUCCAGAUCGGGGUUCCUUUUGGAGCCGAGGGCGGCUACAGAAAGAGUCUGGUGGUAAACAACGUGUACAAGGAGUUGUACGUGAUCUUCCUGCUGUACGAACACGUCUUCUCUCUGCUGUAUGAAGACGGCAGCAGCAUCACCACCAGACACCGGAUGGUCCGAGUGCUCGACACACCGCUGCUCUGCCGUCCGCCCUUCAGUCGUGACGAGACCAUCAGUGAUGACGAUGCGUUCAGCAUCUACCUGGGAAAUAUUCCUGCUGAUGUCAUUUUAGAAGAAGUGUGGAUCAACCGGAAGCAGCUGAUGACAUCAGAGAGCAUCAAUCCUGUUGCUCAUGUUAACGGCAGCAGAGCCUACAAGCUCCGCCUCCCCUUCGACGAUGCCAUCGUCCACUUGAGGUAUCUGGGUGGAGGUGUCGUCCAGUUCUCUAUAGAUGUAAACUUCACUUUGACCAUCGUGCCUCAGAGAGACUCGUACCACCACCACACAGUCGUCACAGCUCACGUCGUUGACGCAUUCCCUCCACAGAUCUCGGCUCAGUGUUCGGACGGAGGAAUCACCUUCAGCGUGGUUAGACCACAUCAAACCAAGAGUCUCUGGGAAGUGGGUGUUGACCAAGAGCCUCUGACAUCACAGCUGGCGGCCCAGAGAGGGUACCACCUCCACAACGACACCCACAGAACUUCCCUGGACGUCCCUGUGUUGUCCAUUGGAUACACCUACGAAGACAUCAACCUGUCACAUUUUUAUGGAAUAUUCAAGCUUCUUCUGAGAGACUCCAAAACUCUGGAAGUCCAGACGUCCACCUCCAAACGCUGCCUCUUCAGAACAGAGGACAUGAUGGUCUGUUCUGCAGACGGAACCAUGACGGUGGUAACGACACCGACCUCCACCUGGCCCACGGUGGGGCCUGACAGAAUCAGUCUGCUGGACCCCACCUGUCGGCCAAAACAGGCAGAUGGAUCCAGAGUUCUGUUUGAGUUCAAGGUGAACUCCUGUGGGACCAGAACCAUGAUCGGUGAGUUGUACGUGGUUUAUGAAAACGAGAUCAUCCACGACAGACAGUUGAUCACAGAUGGACCAGACUUGAUCUCCAGGGAAUCUCAGUUUAAGUUGACCGUCAGGUGCUUCUAUCCACUGAGUGGAGUCAACAGACUGUCUGUGGACAGGCUCUUCAGAGCAGAGGCUCCUGGGUUUGGUUCAAUCAAAGUCUUUGAGAGUCUUGAAGAUUCAGCAAAUAAAGUCCCUGCUCAUGACUGUUGGAAUCACAAUUCUGGACAUGCCAUCAAAACCCUGAUAAACCAGGUCCAUCAAAACCCUGCAGGAGGUGGAGUCCUGCCUCACCCUGGCACCAGGCCUCGACCAGGACCAGAAGGACAAGACAAGCUGGUCUCUGAGAUCUCCGGAGAUCUCCAAACUUUUCCAACUCUGAAUCUUUUUCCUGAAACUCAAACUGUCCAGAUCAACCAAGUCCCUCAGCAGGUUCUAUCACAUCCUGGUCAACUCAUGUCCCAGACACAGGAGCCAAAUGUAGCCAGAUAUGACCAGUUACAAAACGAGAAAUAUGUUCCUGCUGAGACCAAACACAAAAAAAAUAUCACUGACUCGUCUGCACAAACACAAGAGUCUGUCACCAACGAACCAACCUCGACUGCAACCAGCCGUGCCGACCAGAACCUGGUGAGAGCCGGGUCCAUUGAAAGAAGGAACAUUGAGACACUUCAGUCCAGAGUAAAGAAUAUCAGAGUCAAACCUCUGAGAAGAUUUGUGUCUUCUGGACAUAAUCUGAAACAAGAAAUCUCUAACAUCUCUAACCCCUCCCAGUACGCCACUGGACCGACAGAAGUGAGCAGUGAUGGGACCCACCGGACCUCCCAACAGCCCCAAGACCACAGAGGGUCAAACACCAAACAUGUGCCUGACAAAACAUAUUUCCAAAGAACAGAACAAGGACAAGAUGUUGAUAUGCUUCAGUCUGCAGCGAGCCGCCGCCCUGAUGGAUCCUCGGACCAGCAGGGACCACAGCAGAACCUGGUCCAGUCAGGAGCUGAGACAGGGAAAGCUGACGGACUGGUAUCUGCCUCCACUCUGACGACAGGUGCAUCUCACAUAAGAGUCAGACCUGGUCCUGGUUUCUCUGGAAGACUCCAAACUCAUGACCAUUCCAGACUGCAGAACCUCCAGAACCCAGACUCUCUCACCAGAGAAGGAACCAGCAGGACGUCGGACCCCAGUGUCACACCGCAAAGAACCUCAAAGACUCCCGUCGACGUCCAAGAACAUAAACCAACCGAUGUCAACGCACCGAGACACAAGGGCCAGAAUCCCACUGGUUCCGCUGGUCCAGGUUCAGACCUGAAGAUCCACAGCAGGUCAGACUGUGUCAGUCAGUACGAGUCCAGUGUUCACCAAGGCAUCAUGAGGUACCGACACUGAAUAAAACAUGUUAAA